GCGCGAUUUGAGUGGCGAUGGUGGGGUUCUGGCCAGGACAGGGAUGGUGGGUUCUCGGUUUUGCUUUUGGGUCUCAGAUGACGCACGUACGCGGAUAGCCACUAUCGGCCUCAAUGUUCAGCAGGGUAGCUGUUUUGAACUUUUGGAUAUAUGGAAGCUUGCUGUAAAUCUCAUGGUGUAUGACUUCUAACUUGAAUUGAUACAUCGAUAUCCGUCAAUAUCCAUUGUGAUUUCAACUUUUGAUCUUGUUACAAUACCACUCGAUUGCUUUGGCGCAAACCUUCCACGUUCGAAUCAUGAAUUCAUUUAACUUGUUCUGCUAUGCUACAGCAGGCUGGCUAGUUCUGCAGGCGACGCCAUUGAUUAUAUCUCCUCGCCUCAUCGUUGCGCUUCUCUCCAACGACAUCCACCAGCCAAACUCUCUCGAGACCUACUUUGCCCGCUUCCUUGGUCUCACUCUCAUACCUUUCGCCAUCCUGUUUCUGUUCCUGAGCGGCGCUUUCCCUCUUGAUGGUUCUAGCUCACUCUCUGAACCCGAAGACGCCCAAACGACACCAUACACUACUCCUACUCUCCUCCUAGCAGGUCUAUACCAUACUUCGAUCAGCUUCUACACAUAUGCACGUUACGCUCAGCGAUCCACGUCACAAUUCUCAUACCUGCUAGCUGCCACGGUAUCUGGACUCUUGGCUGCUCUAGGGCUGUGGUCGGCGAUGUUUGGAAAUGAUAGCCAUAUUAGCAAGAGAACCGGGGCAGACAAGAGGACGAGCGGGUGGCCAUUUAAGAACACUGUGGAGAUGAAGAGGAGGAAGGGGAAGGGAAGGCAGGAGGAGGGUAUCGAGCUCAAGGAAUUGUGAUGGAUCAUAUCUGAGGGUUGAAUGUUGGGUAUGAGGAUAGUAUUGAGCCUUUUGGGCGAUGACUGGCAAAUUGUUUGAAGAAUCUCGUACAAGCCAGGCCUUCAAAGCCUCGUGGCUAUCUCGUGGAUUUGGUUAGGCUUAGUUGGUCGAAGAUAGCACCGCCAUUGAGACAUGUCUUAGAGGAGUGGCUGGCGGUUGCUUCCACUAAUCGAGACAUUGCGCACGGCCACACAAUCAAACCCAUCGUAGCUGCUUCAAAUACGAGCAACGAAAGUCAUAUGUGGCAUUCAUAUUCGUGUAAUAUUACAUA